AUGGACACACAAGCAGGAAUAUCUCAGAAGGACAUCUAAUGUUAUCCCCGGAUUGUGACAUAAAAGAUAAUGACAGUAGACAGGAUUCUCCAGGAGAUAACCCCAUUACCCCAAUUAUACAUCCAGCUCUAUCAGCUGAUCCCUCUGAUCCUGGGGAAUGUUUUCCUGAUCACUCUGAUAUUGGUGCAUCUGAUACAGCUCUGAGAGUAGAUACAGUGUUUCCGUGUUCUAUAGAUGCCAAAUGUUUUACACAGAACACAAAGCAUAUUAACCCACACACAGUUAAGGCAGGUGAAAGGCCACUGAUAUGUUCUGAGUGUGGGAAAUGUUUUACAUACAAAUCAGAUCUUGUUAAACAUCAGAGAAGUCACACAGGUGAGAAGCCAUUUCCAUGUUCUGAGUGUGGGAAAUGUUUUACACUGAAAUCACAUCUUGUUACACAUCACAGAAGUCACACAGGUGAAAAGCCAUUUCUAUGCUCUGAGUGUGGGAAAUGUUUUACACUGAAAUCAUAUCUUGUUACACAUCAGCGAAGUCACACAGGUGAGAAGCCAUUUCCAUGUUCUGAGUGUGGGAAAUGUUUUACACUGAAAUCACAUCUUGUUGUGCAUAACAGAAGACACACAGGUGAGAAACCAUUUUCUUGCUCUGAGUGUGGGAAAUGUUUUGCACACAAAUCAGCUCUUGUUAUACACCAGAGACGUUACACAGGUGAGAAGUGGUUUUCUUGCACUGAGUGCAGGAAAUGUUUUACACAGAAAUCAGAUCUUGUUAGACAUCAGCAAAGUCACACAGGUGAGAGGCCAUUUCCAUGUUCUGAGUGUGGGAAAUGUUUUACAUGGAAAUCACAACUUAUUACACAUCAGCGAAGUCACACAGGUGAGAAGCCAUUUUCUUGCUCUGAGUGUGGGAAAUGUUUUACACACAAAUCACAUCUUGUUAUACAUCAGCGAAGUCACACAGGUGAGAGGCCAUUUCCAUGUUCUGAGUGUGGAAAAUGUUUUGCAAACAAAUCAGCUCUUGUUAUACACCAGAGAAGUCACACAGGUGAGAAGUGGUUUUCUUGCUCUGAGUGCAGGAAAUGUUUUACACAGAAAUCAGAUCUUGUUAGACAUCAGCAAAGUCACACAGGUGAGAGGCCAUUUCCAUGUUCUGAGUGUGGGAAAUGUUUUACACGGAAAUCACAACUUGUUACACAUCAGCGAAGUCACACAGGUGAGAGGCCAUUUCCAUGUUCUGAGUGUGGGAAAUGUUUUACACGGAAAUCACAACUUGUUACACAUCAGCAAAGUCACACAGGUGAGAGGCCAUUUUCUUGCUCUGAGUGUGGGAAAUGUUUUACACACAAAUCACAUCUUGUUAUACAUCAGCGAAGUCACACAGGUGAGAGGCCAUUUCCAUGUUCUGAGUGUGGAAAAUGUUUUGCAAACAAAUCAGCUCUUGUUAUACACCAGAGAAGUCACACAGGUGAGAAGUGGUUUUCUUGCUCUGAGUGCAGGAAAUGUUUUACACAGAAAUCAGAUCUUGUUAGACAUCAGCAAAGUCACACAGGUGAGAGGCCAUUUCCAUGUUCUGAGUGUGGGAAAUGUUUUACACGGAAAUCACAACUUGUUACACAUCAGCGAAGUCACACAGGUGAGAGGCCAUUUCCAUGUUCUGAGUGUGGGAAAUGUUUUACACGGAAAUCACAACUUGUUACACAUCGGCAAAGUCACAUAGGUGAGAAGCCAUUUUCUUGCUCUGUGUGCGGGAAAUGUUAUACACAAAAAUCACAUCUUGUUACACAUCAGCAAAGUCACACAGGUGAGAGGUAAUUUUCAUACUCUGAGAAAUAAAUCAGCUCUUGUUGCACACAGUAGACAUCACUCAGGUGAGGAACCAUUUUAAUCUUCUGGAGUAUACUUAUCAUUGCCAUGCGUUGUUCUUCAAGGUUCUUAUCCUAUCUCCUAUGCUUUUUGCAAUAUACAUGUUACCACUGGGUGAAAUAAUCAGAUGUCAUGUCCUCAUCUACCACUGCUGUACAGAUGACCCGUCUUUGCUCUGGGUACUGAGAGCCCAGUACCAAUCCUAAAUGUCUAGCUGAGCUCCAGGUGUGUGUGAUGCCAGUUGGCUGUGACUCAGUUCUGGUGAAACAGGUCUUUAUGGUAGAAGCUCACCAACAAAGGGCAGGGCUACAGCUCAGCUUUGUUACCAACCAGACUUACGCUUGGGGGUUCAGAGUUAGAAAAUGCUGAUCCUGUGCGGAAUCUUGGUGUCAUGGAUGGUGGAGCGACACUUAGACAUCAGUAUCUGCCACAAUCAGAUCCUCAUCUGAGGAACAUAGCCAGACUCCAGCACUUAAUUCCCUCAGAAGAUCUACCUACAGUCAUACAUGUACUUGUAGCAUCACGCAUAGACUACUGCAAUGUCCUCUACCUGGAUCUCCCAGCAAAAGAAUUACACCGCUUGUAGCUUGUACAGAAUGCAGCAGCCAGUCUGUUACCUAACCAGCCCGUUCCUGCCACAUAACACCCAUUCUCUACUCCCUUCACCGGCUGCCUGUAAGAUGGUGACUAUUACAUAAUCUUACUGACUCUCCCAGCCCUACAUGACCAGGGUCCAUGGUACCAGAAGCAGCUUCUGCCUCCUUACUGCCCUGCUUUCUAACUUCCACCUGCAGAUGAAGGACUGUUACCAGCAGUACCAAGAAUCCCCAAGCAGUGCUGAGAUGUCAGAGGGGGAGACAGGGUGUUGGCACUAGUGCUGUAGCGGGGGCUGCCGGAGGCACUGUCUGAGAAUCUUUUCCUCAAGCAGCGCUAAGGUGUCAGAGGGGAGACAAGGUGGUGGCAGUAGUGGGGGAGACA